CUCUGCUGUCCUGCGGUAACAUUGUUGUGGAACGACGUCACAGCUCGAAAAUGAAGGCGCAGAGGCAGCCAUUACUGGAGCUUCUCUAAUUAUUUUAUUCCAAAUAAAUACUCGAAGAAAACUCCCAUGGCAAGGGCCAAAAGUCAGCUGUAUGAUGUUGUGCCCAUUCAGCCCAGCGUUGUCAUCUGUUCCUGCUCGCAUCCAUCAAUGGUAAGAAACCACGCUGACUCCUGCUCGCCACUUGCUAUCCCAGGCGCAAGCAGUAGCCACUGUCCCGGCAUACAGGGCUCACCCUCAGAGCCCCGUGCUGUUGGAGCGUCUGCAAGCAGCCAGGGCUCAGACAUCAGGACGCAGCCGGCCAUGCAGACCCCUCAGCCACGCAAGAAGAAGCCAGAGGACUUCAGAUUUGGCAGGAUACUGGGAGAGGGCUCCUUCUCGACGGUUGUUUUGGCGAGAGAGCAGGGAACGGGAAAAGAAUAUGCAAUUAAGAUUUUAGAGAAGCGCCAUAUUGUGAAGGCGAACAAAGCCCAGUACGUGAAAAGAGAAAGGGAUUUGAUGUCAAAUCUAGAACACCCAUUCUUCGUCAAGCUCUACUUCACAUUUCAAGAUGAUGAGAAGUUGUAUUUUGGCCUCAGCUACGCUAAGAAUGGCGAGCUGCUGAAAUACAUUCGCAAAAUCGGUUCUUUUGAUGAGACCUGUACUAGAUUCUAUUCAGCUGAAAUAGUUUGUGCUCUGGAAUACUUACACAAUAAGGGGAUAAUACACAGAGAUCUGAAACCAGAGAAUAUUCUCCUGAGUGAAGACAUGCACAUUCAGAUAACAGAUUUUGGGACAGCAAAACAGUUAUCAUCAGACAGUAAACAAGCGAGAGCAAACUCCUUUGUCGGAACAGCACAGUACGUGUCUCCAGAGCUACUAACAGAGAAAUCUGCUUGCAAGAGCUCUGACCUCUGGGCCUUGGGAUGUAUUACCUAUCAGCUGGUGGCUGGUUUACCACCUUUCAGAGCUGGAAAUGAGUACCUAAUAUUCCAGAAGAUAAUAAAGCUGGAGUAUGAAUUCCCAGAGAAAUUCUUCCCCAAAGCCAAGGAUCUUGUCAAACAGCUUUUGUCUCUGGACCCUUCCAAGCGGAUUGGGUGUGAAGAGAUGGGAGGCUACGACCCUUUGAGGCAGCACCCCUUCUUUGACACUAUCUCCUGGAGUGACCUACACCUACAGACACCCCCCAAGCUCACCCCCUACCUGCCAGCCAUGUCUGAGGAUGAUGAGGACUGCUAUGGAAACUAUGAUGACCUCCUGAGCCAGUUCAGCAACAUGCAGGUGGCCCAGUCCAGCUCCACACACUCCCUGUCGCCACACGAGUCCACACCCCCGCAGAGGUCCAGCAGCAACAUUGAGCAGUACAUUCAUGACCUGGACAAUAACUCUUUUGAGUUGGACCUGCAGUUCACUGUAGAAGAGAAGCAGCUGUUGCUGGACAAACAGACCACUGGAAACCCCUGGCACCAGUUUGUGGAGAAUAACCUGAUCCUGAAGAUGGGCCCAGUGGAUAAAAGGAAGGGUCUGUUUGCCAGACGGAGACAGCUGCUUCUCACUGAAGGACCACACCUGUAUUACGUGGAUCCUGUAAACAAGGUCCUGAAAGGGGAGAUUCCUUGGUCCCUAGAGCUACGCCCUGAGGCCAAGAACUUCAAAACCUUCUUUGUUCACACGCCUAACCGAACAUACUAUUUGAUGGACCCAAGCGGAAAUGCAGACAGAUGGUGCAAGAAGAUCCAGGAAGUGUGGAGAAAGAUCUAUCAGAGGCCCCAAAAUCCAGGCCUAUAGGAGCACAGUCCCUCUUGUGGCCACUCCUCUUUAACUCUGAGGCCAAUCACUGAGCAGAGUAACACCUUCUUUAGUGCCCUUCAUCACCGCAAUGUAAACAAAAUCUUAGAGACGCUGGCAUCUAGACCUUGUUUGUUUUCCUGAGUAGAACCAUGGGGAAAAAUACAACUUUGGAUUCAGGGUUGCUUUGCUUGUUCUUUGUGCUCUCUGUGAGGCUUCUACUGCAUUUUUCCUUGUAUGGAUGAUGAGACUGCCACCAUGCACAUCUGCUUUUUGUACAUUCUGCACGGGGGAAGAGAAGGGCAAGCUUGUCCAAUAGAGGGACUCAGGCUUGGCUACCGCUAGGACUAUCUCAAAUGCAAGGACUGGUUUCCUGCUCAAAUGAUACCAUAACACAAAAUCUAGCUUUUGUGCACCACAGCCGACCCUGAUAUCUUAAUUAAACCAUAUCCUAUUCCUUCAUCACAUGCGCAGGCUGUGGUCGGACCCCACUUCAACUGCAUAAUACUCCGUGGUUUUAACAGAUACUGUAAGCUGUCUCACGUGUUUCCCAAACUCAAAUCCUAUAUAUAUAUAUAUUUUGUCAGAGCCCAAGUGUUUCCCACGCUAUUUAAGUUGUAUUUCUUUAGUCUCUUGAAACUUGCUUAUUGCAGCGAAACUAAGGACUUGAUGUUACAAGGCAGAGUUCCUGCCUUGGAACAGGAACUGGCACAGCCGUUACUUAGGAUGUGUUGCUAACGGGGGGGGGGCGGGUAAACAUGCCACUAGCUUCUACGUCCUAAUCCUAACGCUUCUCUUUCCUGCAUGGCCGGUUUUGUAGCUCAGCCUUUUCCGCUUCUCUCUCCCAGGGCACUGGAGGUAUAGUUUUUUUUUCAAGUUUAAAGGUGGGUAUUUUUGACUGCAUUGGUAACCAUCGUGUAUUUUAUCGGAUGAUUUGGCUGUUCUGUACCAUUCACUGGCUACUUCUUUGUGAUGUGAAUCCUACAACUUCUUUUUUCGGUGGGAUAGUCUGCUCAUCUUCAGUUGGUCCUAUUGGAAACUAAAUCGUAUGUGCUGACCACCCCAUGCUGAACGGAGAACCCUUCAUCUGCAGUGAUACAUAUAUACACACAAACGCACACUAUCAUUCUCCGAAGCAAUCACAGUAACGCUGUUGUCCCCGGACAAGAUGGCAGAACCGCCUCAUCGGGUUCGUUGGCCCAUUUUGUUUUUCACCCUGGCGUUUGGCCCAAUAGAAAUUAAAGCGACUGAUUUAACUUGUGCUCUUGUUUUAGCAGUAUGUAUUAUCAUAAUGCUUUUAAUUUUUGACAUAUUACCUUAAGGUCCUUUCCAAAGGUCCUCUUCCUCCAGCUGAGUCUGUGUGUGCAGUGUGUGACUGGAGUACAGGUGAAUAGGACCCUGGGGCCUGGGGCUCAAUGUGGUUGGAUGUCAGUAAAAAGAUAUCUAUCUGAUCCAAAUAACCGAUGAAAUUGCUGUAUCUGUCUAUAAAGUCGAGGAAGCACUAGAGUAGUGUUUUCUUCUAGUUAGCGAAAUUGUUUGAAUCGAGUCGAUGGCAGUCGGUUACAUUGUGUACGGAACGCUCGACCUGGCUUGUAACUGACUAGAACUGUGAUGUACAGAUGAUGUAUUAUUAAAAUCUGAAGCAAGUAAUGCAAUGAUAUUAGGAUACAGUUUUUGUAUUUUUAUUCUUGUAUAAGGUUAUUUGAUGGCUAUUGUUUAGCCUCUAGUUCAUUCUGUGUUAUUUAAAUUCUAAUAUAUGAAUCAUUUGGAUUGAAGUCAUGUUCAGGGGCCAUGUUGUGUAUGUAUUGAGAUGUAAAGCCUUUGAAUGUGAAUAAUUAUUGUAAACUAUAAUAUUUUACAGCUUUUUUCUUACUAUAUCAUACAUUUUCUAUUUGCUCAGUGAUUUAAUCAUAUUCUGAUAAUUUAAUGAAUCGGUUCAUUCUCUCUCUGAUUAUUUGUGCGCUAGGUCAGUAGAUGUUGAAUGAUGAAUUUUCCACUUAAUGCUUGGUAGUCCAGUAAUUAAAGCAUGUAGGGAUUUAGGCAUACAAAUAA